AGCCGAUCCGAUCCCACGUGUGACGCUGUCGUUCCCGGCUCAGUAAUAUUCUCAUAGCGGGGCUUUGCAUAUCUCCUGGCCUGCCUCCGCGUCUGUCCCUGUAAGUGUCGUCCCAGCCGAUCCUAGUCCGGAAUCGCUAUGGAAGCAGACGGGAGUCCAGCCGCAUCCGGAAGCCUAAACGACUCACAACAUGACCCGGGCAAAAUGUUUAUCGGCGGCCUCAGCUGGCAAACCUCACCAGACAGCCUUAGAGACUAUUUUAGUAAAUUCGGAGAGAUCCGAGAAUGUAUGGUGAUGCGAGACCCCACGACGAAACGCUCAAGAGGGUUUGGGUUUGUUACAUUCACAGAUGCUGCCAGCGUAGAAAAGGUCUUAGCUCAGCAACACCACGAAUUAGACUCAAAGACGAUUGAUCCUAAGGUUGCCUUUCCACGUCGCGCCCAGCCUAAGAUGGUCACAAGAACGAAGAAAAUAUUUGUGGGUGGCCUUUCAGCCAACACAGUAGUGGAAGAUGUGAAGCAGUAUUUUGAACAGUUUGGGAAGGUUGAUGAUGCCAUGCUUAUGUUUGAUAAGACUACGAACAGACAUAGAGGAUUCGGUUUCAUAACUUUUGAGAGUGAAGACAUCGUUGAGAAAGUCUGUGAAAUUCAUUUUCAUGAAAUCAAUAAUAAAAUGGUAGAAUGUAAGAAGGCCCAGCCCAAGGAGGUGAUGUUCCCGCCCGGAACAAGAGGGCGAGCCAGGGGUCUGCCCUACACCAUGGAUGCCUUCAUGCUCGGGAUGGGCAUGCUGAGUUACCCGAAUAUUGUGGCAACGUACGGCCGUGGAUACACUGGAUUCACACCCAGCUACAGCUACCAGUUCCCUGGCUUCCCAGCGACGGCAUACGGACCGGUGGCGGCGGCGGCGGUAGUAGCAGCGCGUGGCUCAGGUAGGGGGGCCCGUGGAAGAGGCGGCUACUUGGCGUACCCACAGAGCACAGGGCCAGGCCUCCCCGAUUAUGGGUUUUACUCCGCGCCCGGUGACCAAAGGGGGGGGCCCUGCUCCUUUGCUGACUAUGGCUCCCUGGGGCCCCAGGCGGCUCAGAUGCUGCACAGUGAGCAUGCCACCUCCGCCUGCAACUCCCCCCUCCAGCACCUACACAGCCCGGAUCAGUUUAAGAACCCAGGCGCCAACCCGUCAAGGCCCGGCGCUUUCCACAGCACCAACAGCCCAGGGCCCGUUGCCGACAUUUACGGACCCGGCAGCCAGGAUUCAGCUGUGGGCAACUUCAUCAGCGCCGCCAGCCCGCAGCCCGGUUCCGGGUUCGGCCCCAGCAUCACCGGCCCCUUGAUUGCGACAGCUUUUACAAAUGGAUACCAUUGAGCAGGUGGCCCGCUUGCCAUCUCAUCAGAGGUAUUGCAUUUUAUUUACUGUGCAUUUUAUCAGUCUUCUCUUUACUUUUGUGUCCACCGCAUCAGUCGUCGCCCUCCUCGACAUAACAGAGCAGCAGCGGGUGAAGCCUGAGUGCGACUGAGUUUCCGCAGUAGCACCGAGACGUACGCUUCAGUUCACUUUGGGACAGCUUUCAUUUUGACGGCACUUUUUCCAUUCAGUUUUUUACUCAUAGUCUUAGAUUUAGUCAUCUACAUUUUUUUUUGUUUUACUCUACUCCAUUUUAUUCAGCUAUUUCUACCGCAAACUAGGUUGAACAUAUAAAGUGUAAAGGGUAAGGUAUCUUUAAAGUCAUCUUUUUAUGAAAUUAUAAUGAAGUUUCAAUUGAUGGACAAAUUCCGGUUACGUUGCCGACUUGGGAAGAAAACUCUGCCGUAAACCCACAGAUUACUCAAACACGACUCCAAAGUCAACUCCAGGAUCAACCUAAAAACUUUUGCAGGUGAACUUAAUGUGACCUUCCCUAAACUUUUGAAUGAACAGUACUGUUUUUUUUGUUGUUGUUGUUGUUUUUUUUUAAGGAGCUGAGUGACAAAAUUCAUAAUAGGGGAGUCCACUUCUGUACUUAAUAAGAAUUGCUAUUUAAACUGUCCUCUUCAUCCUUCUGUUGGCAUUUUGGCAUCAUGAAACCACGACGACAACUAACAAUUGAUGCACAGUACCUCGCCAAUGCAAGGCUUCAAACAGGAAGUGGCCAGAGUGAGCUUAAGAGUCCCAUCAGAAGGUUGCAUCGGAGAGACUGGAGGAGCCACAGAAAGGCAUAGAAGUGGACAUCCUUGCAAAUGAAAAAAAAAAGAAAAUUCAGCUCCUUUUUAGAGAACAGCAAGUUGUGCCAAAAGUACUGGAAUUGGACGUAUGCAUUCAAAGUUUUAAAGUUUUACACUAACCUGAAUGUAAAAAGUAAAUAAAGUAGUGUAGCGGACUGAAGUGUACUCCUCGGUGGGAACGAGGCUACCAAAUCUCAACUGUCGUGUCCCAGUAAGGAUCAUAUCCUAUUGUUUGGAUCAUAUCGUACGAGUCACGUGGCUUCAUGAGUCCGACACUCAAACUGCACUCCAGCUCUGCCGAGUUGCGUUCUUCAUCCGAUUGUGAACAUUGAUAUCAGAAUCUCAGCUCCAUCUCACCUUCCAUAACAGAAAUAGACAAACGGGUGAUGUGAAAAUACUUGUAAUGCACAAUUUGCAGCACGUGCACAUAUCGCCUUGCAUGAAGGCUCGUUGGUCGUCACGUUCAUGUUCUUCUUUUGUCUGUUCCCCACGUUUGCACUCGAUUGACUGCCUCUCUCGCCGUGCUCUCCUCUCUCCGGCAGAGUUUGUCUGGCGGCCCAGGAAAGACGGGACCAAGUUUCUAAUUGGCUUUGUGUGCAGGUGGCGCUACUGAGGCACAGCGGACAGGCUCAAAAGAGCGAGCAAGUGGUAACCGUGUGAAGAAGAAGAAAAGAAACUGUUGAGUCAUCUCAGAAAAAGAACCACUGCUGUACUAUAUUCCAAACCUCCUAUAACGUCAGCGCCUGGUUUGGUUCGAUGUUUCACAUCUCUUUUCAACCUGCCUCUUUUCUUUUUAUGUGCUUUGGUCGCUCGGUCAGUUUAGUCCCACACAACAUUUGUGUCAUUUCGGGUUGUUUUUUUUUUGGUUUUGUUUGUUUGUUUUCUUUUUCUGCCCUUUAAACUGCGGGCGACAUGGCAAAAAAAAGAAAUCAGCUUUUAAUGUCUUCAUCUUUGGUAGCUUGAAGGAGAAAUGAAGCAUUCAGGCCCAACACACACACACAAAACAAGAAAGUCGCUGUGCAAGAUUCUUAGAUUUGAGAAGAAAAAAAAAAAUCAAUUUUAGGGCAAAUCGGAGACGAGG